AUGCCACAGCUUUUUCCAACCAACCCUUCUGCGACCAUGGUCAUCCGCCAUGUGACGCCAGAAAUCGUGACUAUGAGUCUACCAUUCUCGCGGUUCGGACACCUGCAGUUUGGUGGACGAGGGACGCUGGUCAAACUCUCCAGCGGAUCCCUUGCGGUGUUCUCGCCCGUCAGCCUAACUCCCGAAGUCCGCGAGACAGUCGAGUCUCUCGGUGGAAACGUCAAAUACAUCGCUGCGCCAGAUCUCGAACAUCAUCUCCAUCUCACACCAUGGAAGAAGGCCUACCCCCACGCAGAGAUCCUGGCGCCGGAGGGCCUUUACGAGAAGCGGCAGUCAAAUCCGGAGUACCAGGAUACUCCGUUCAAGCACAUAUUCAAACAAGAUGACAAACUGCCACGGUCCAUCUCAAAGGAGUUUGAUGCCGAAUUUGAGAGCGAGUAUGUGCAUGCCCAUGGCUCGCGAGAGCUCGUGUUUCUGCAUAAGCCUUCGCGCACGCUCAUCGAGGCGGACUUACUCUUUAAUUUGCCUGCUAAAGAGCAGUAUUCCAAGAGCUCCGAAGGUCAGGGAAUGAAUUUCUUCACCAAGCUUCUUUUGCCGCUGAUGUCUGUUGAACCACCGGCUACAUGGCAAAGACGGUUUUCAUGGUAUAUUCUUUCUUCAAAGAAUCGGACAGGUUUCAAUGAGUCUAUGAAAAGAAUUGAUCAGUGGGACUUCGAUCGCUUGAUUCCCUGCCAUGGUGAUACUAUCGAGACUGGUGCCAAGGGAGUAUUCCGUGAUGUGAUGGUAUGGCACCUGAAACAGAAGAACACCCAGGAUUGA